GUGUCAUGGCGGCGCCCAUGGCAGCGCUGAUUUAACGUUCGUACGCGGUAUCCGGGGCUGAAAUACUACAGUAUAUCAGAGUAAUGAGGGCUCGUAUAACUGUUCCGCGUUGACGAGACACCAGCUGGAUAAUUUUUACAGGAGCAGUUCAGGUACGUUGCUGGAGGCGGGAAUCGAACCCGCGACCUUUGGGUCCAAAGGCAGCAGCUCCGACCGCUACGGUACCAGCGAGCUCGUCGUGGUAAAACUGAAAGCUCUCUUUCUGUCGCUGGCCAGCGAUGAUGAGUGUGAAGGUCCUGCUGGGACUGGAGCGAGCUCUGCGCUUCAGCCACGCCCUCAUCCAGCUGCGUGCCCUUCGCCGCCUCGACGCACGACGGACACCCUGGAGAGCCGCCGCGUCCGGCCUGCCCUCGCUGGCGGCGAGUCCUGGGCCCCCGUUCCCCUGCCAUCAUUCCCGCCGCCUGGUCAGCAAGCCUGCUAAAGGCCUAAAGAGGGACCCAAAGGUCAAACCCAAGCAAGAGAAGCAGGAAGUGGAGAUCAGGCAGCGUAUGACAGUGUCUGAACUGGCUCGCGCCAUGGGCAAAGACAUCGAUCACGUGUACGAGGCUCUCCUCCACACCUCCAUCAAUCUGGACUCCCUGGAGCCGGACUCCAGGCUGCAGGACCACUGGAUAAAGGAGGUCGUGAAGAAAUCGGGCAUGAAGUUCAAGUGGGCGACGCUGACGGUGGAGAAAGACCGCGAGAACAAGGACGUGGAGAGGAGACCCCCUCCCGACCCCGCAGUGCUGGUUUCUCGCCCUCCGGUCGUCACCAUCAUGGGUCACGUGGAUCAUGGGAAAACCACUCUGCUAGACAGCCUAAGAAAGACCCAGGUGGCAGCAAUGGAGGCCGGAGGGAUUACGCAGCACAUCGGGGCCUUCCUGGUCCAGCUGCCGUCUGGGGAGAAGAUCACCUUCCUGGACACCCCCGGUCACGCUGCGUUCUCCGCCAUGAGGGCCAGGGGGGCCCUGGUCACCGACAUCGUCAUCCUGGUGGUGGCUGCGGACGACGGGGUGAUGAAACAAACGGUCGAGUCCAUAGAACACGCCAAGAAGGCCAAAGUUCCCAUCAUCGUGGCGGUGAACAAGUGCGACAAGAAGGAUGCCGACCCUGACCGCGUGAAGCAAGAGCUGCUGGCACAUGAUGUCGUGUGCGAGGAGCUGGGAGGGGAGGUGCAGGCGAUCCACGUGUCUGCUCUGAAGGGCGAGAACCUGAUGCAGCUGGCAGAGGCCACCGUCACGCUGGCUGAGGUGAUGGAGCUGAAAGGUGACCCCACGGGCUUUGCGGAGGGGACCGUCAUCGAGAGCCGCACUGACAAGGGCAAGGGACCCGUGAGCACGGCGAUAAUCCAGCGGGGCACCCUGAAGAAGGGCUGCGUCCUCGUGGCGGGGACGAGCUGGGCCAAAGUGCGCUUCAUGUUUGACGAGAACAACCGGGUGGCGAACGAGGCCGGACCCGGCGCCGCCGUGGAGAUCGUGGGCUGGAAGGAGCUUCCCGCCGCCGGGGAAGAAAUCCUGGAGGUGGAGUCUGAGCAAAGGGCGCGCGAGGUGGUGGAGUGGCGGACCUUCGUGGAGGAGCAGGAGAAGAUGCAGGCAGACUGGCAGGUCAUCGAAAGCAAACAGCAGGAGCAUGACGACGCCUAUCGAAAGGAGCGUGAGGGCCUGGCCCACCUGUCCUGGAGGAAGAGGAGGAUGGCACUCCACAGCGCCAACAAGCACAGGAUGGGCUCGAGACCCAGCGAGAAGGCCAGCCCCACCGGGCCGACCCUGUCCGUCAUCGUCAAAGGGGACGUGGACGGGUCUGUGGAAGCCAUCAUGAACAUCCUGGAGAGCUACGACGCUGACGAGCAGUGUCAGCUGGACGUGGUGCACUGCGCUGUGGGAGACAUCUCAGAAAACGACAUCGCCCUCGCAGAGACCUUCUCAGGUGUCAUUUAUGGCUUUAACGUGAAGGCCAACAAGGCCAUCCAGCAGAAAGCCUCCAAGCUGGGUGUCCAGCUCAAGAUGCACAAGAUCAUCUACAAGCUCAUCGAUGACCUCAAAGAGGAGCUCAGCAGCAGGCUGCCUCCGACUGUGAAGCAGCACAUCAUAGGAGAGGCAACAGUCCUGGCCACGUUUGAGGUGACCAUGGGCAAGAAGAAAGUGCCAGUGGCCGGUUGCAGGGUGAAGAAGGGUGAGCUGGAUAAGAAGAUGAACUUCAGGCUUGUCCGUAAUGAGGAAGUUCUCUGGGAAGGUUUAUUGACCUCACUGAAACACAUGAAGAAUGAUGUUCAGACAGUGAAGAACGGCAUGGAGUGCGGUUUGUCCCUGGAUAAGAACGUGAACUUCAUGCCGGGGGAUGAGAUUUUGUGUCUCGAAGAUGUGAAAGUGGAACAAAAGACUUCCUGGGAUCCAGGAUUUUGAGAAUGGAUCUCAAAAAUUUCUGAAGUGUUGUGAUAUUGUAUCAUUGGCUGUACUGUAAAAAACAAUUCUUGAGAAAAUGUAUUAAUAGAAAAUAGUACUUAAAAUUAAGCUGCUUUACUUUAUUUGCACUCUUCAAUGCAAGAUCUCUACUCAAGUUUUUCCCUUCACAAACAGUAUUUAAGUUCUCUAAUCAUUGGGCAGCUCUCCUGUUCAGUGAGCCUGGUCCAUAAUUUAUUUCAAUUUUGUAUCUCCAAUAGGGUCAAUUUUGAUUUGACAUCAUUAAUGCAUUGAGUUUGGUUUAAACAGGUUCAAAACUAUAGCACCACCCCCAGCCAAAUCCUGGCAAUUAAACCAUUUCACU